AAUAAAAUGAAGCAUUAUGAUUUGAUAAAAAGUCUCUACUACUGGUCAAUUACACUGUCUCAAUUUGAAAUGAUAAAUUAUUAGCUAUGAUGCGCUGUGAUCUUCUAAUUUGAAGUCUAUUUUGUAACUGGUGUUUGAUGUAAAAGUCGUUGUGCUUCUUUAAAGCCGAGACCGUAACUGUGGCUUCCGACUCGGAAACCAAAUCGAUAAGUAGGUUUGUUUCUGCUGAUAACUCCAAGCGACAAAAAAUAAUGGAAUUCGAAAUGAUAGAAGAUAUCAGCAAUCAUCGAAGAAGAAAUGGUUCCAAAAGAACAUGGUCGGAGCUUCGGCAGGAAGUCCGGAAUGUCCGGCGACAGUUUUCAAACAUAUCAGCCAAACUGCCGACGUUCUUUGAAUUCAAGGAGCGGGUUGCCGAAAACGAAUCCCGAUUCUACCGCGUCUAUUUCCUGAGUACAUUGACCAGUGGGCGUGAAACAACGCUCCUGUACUGCGAUGUGCCCGUGGACUGUAUCAAAAACAAAGUCGAAACAUUUCAGUGGAAGCCGCUGUUGGAGUCGUCGUUCCAAACCUACCAUCCCCAAGGCCGCUUCUCUCGGGAAGAACAGCUGCAGUGGGAGCGGAAGCGUUUAGUCAUGUGGGGCAUUACGUCGUAUGAUUACCAGCCUUCUGUUGGAAGAUUUGUCUUUCCUGCAUGUGGAGCUGUGUUUUACUGUGAUGAUGACUCUUCCCAGAAUCCUCCUCUGUUUCCUCGAGAGUUAAGGAAUUCAGUCCCUCCCAGCACAAGGCUCAAUCCACAAAUGUGCCCUUGGGAUCCUGAUCUUAUUGCUUAUAUAAACAAUUUUGACCUCUGGGUUCAUAAUGUGAAGUCAUCAUCUGAUGUCAGGCUGACAUACGCUAGGAGAGGGAAUACUGAUAUUGCUGAAGAUCCAGUCAGUGCCGGUAUACCAUCUUAUGUUACACAAGAAGAAUUUAACAGAUACACAGGUUAUUGGUGGCAACCCGUAUCUGUCCCUGCAGGCGGAGAUGUGUAUCGCAUAUUGUAUGAAGAGGUCGACGAGUGUGAUGUCGAGUUGCUACAUUUGCCCUGCUUCGGAGAUGAAAAAGAAAUGGAAGUCUUUAGGUUUCCAAGAGCAGGUACCAGUAAUGCCAAAUCAACUCUGAAAAUUGUGCAAUUCUCUGUGAAUGCAGAUAACCAGAUAGAAGUUUUGUCAGACUUGCAUCCGAAUGAAACUAUGCAAACGGUGUGUCCGGACUUUGAAUACCUUGUCAGGGCAGGAUGGACUCCUGAUGGCAGGCAUGUGUGGGCAGAAGUCCUUGAUCGCCAGCAGUGUCAUGAACAGUUAGUCCUCAUACCUUUGUGCUGUUUUAUUUCAAGUGAACCUGCAGCAAAUUUCAUUAGUAAUCAUGUGGAGAAUUCUCCUGUCAUGCAAGUGAUAUAUGAAGAAAAAUCUAAUGUUUGGAUUAAUGUUCAUGACAUAUUGUAUUUCUUUUCACAAGAUAAUCCAGGAGAAAUAACAUUCUUAUGGGCCAGUGAGGAGACGGGCUACAGGCAUUUGUACAUAGUUACUGUAGAACUUUUAUUUGGAAAUGACUGUGAAACAGUAGAUUCUGAAUUUGAUGAAGGAGACUGUUUAUCUCAAAGGAUAAAAAAGAAAAUUCAACUUACUUCAGGAGAAUGGGAAGUUUCUGAUCUCGAUGUAUGGGUGAAUGAAAAAAAGAGGCUAGUGUAUUUCAUUGGUCUGAAAGAUACUCCUUUGGAAAAGCAUCUAUACGUUGUAGAUAUAGAUAAUCCCCAGGAACCUAUUCGGCUUACUACCCAGGGUUAUUCUCAUAAUAUAGCAAUGAAUUAUGAUCGAACUCUUUUUGUAUCAAUUCAGAGUAACGUUAGUCAGACAUCUUUCGGCCAAGUGUAUCAAAUUAUUUAUUCAUUAAACUACCCUUUCAAAGUAACGAUUCAAGCAUUAGGUUAUUUUUUAGAACCAUCUGCCCUACCAUCUAGUUAUCGCCAACCAGAACUCUUCAGCCAUCGACUCAAAUCCGGUCACCUCAUUUAUGGAAUGCUGUUCAAGCCACCCAACAUGACUGGGGAAAAAUAUCCCACGGUUUUGACCAUCUAUGGUGGGCCCGAAGUGCAACUGGUCACUAAUAAUUUUAAAGGAAUGAGGUAUCUUAGGCAGUAUCUGCUUUCAUCUGAAGGUUACGUCGUAGUGGCCAUUGAUUGCCGAGGCUCCAGGCACAGAGGAGUUGCAUUCGAAAGUCACAUAAAAGGAAGAAUGGGAACAGUUGAGAUAGCUGAUCAAGUAGAAGUUCUACUUUGGCUUUCAGAAACAACUGGCUACAUUGAUGUGGACAGAAUAGCUGUACAUGGAUGGUCAUAUGGGGGUUAUUUAUCACUCAUGGGCAUAGCUCAGAGACCAGAUAUCGUUGCUAUUGCUGGGGCACCUGUAACAUCUUGGAUGUUAUACGACACCGGAUACACAGAGCGAUACAUGGAUACUCCUGCAAAAAAUGCUGGGGGCUACACCACUGGCUCUGUUUUAUCAUAUGUUCAUAAAUUUCCUGAUGAAGAAAAUAGGUUGUUGAUUAUACAUGGCUUAAGAGAUGAAAAUGUUCACUUUGCCCACACAACACAACUAAUAAAUGCAUUAGUAAAAGCAGGAAAACCUUACCAAUUACAAAUUUAUCCAACAGAAAGGCAUAGCUUAAGACACUUAGAUGCUAGUGAACAUUAUGAAACGACUCUUUUAAGUUUUCUACAGCAGCAUCUUUGACUCAAAAGAACAAUAGGCUAUUUUUUUAAAUUAUACCAAUGUGUUUAAAACCUUUUUAUCUCUUUAGUUCGUCUACUUAGAUUAUCAUAGCUACUGAUACAUAGUCUCACUCCAACCCAAUAAAAAGCAAUUUUGGUUUUCAAACUCUCAACAAGUGUACUAUGUCUUGCUAAGAAUUCUCACAAAGUUUGAUUCUUGUCACUUUUUUCAUUGUAUUAAUUUUUAAAUCUUGAAGAAAAGAAAAAAAAAAUCAUAUCUUCAUUCAUUAUAAAGGUACUAGAAACAUUACUUUCUUCAUGGUUUUGACACAAGGAAAAACUUAAGUUUUAAAAAUGGAGCUGUAUCUACAGUAAAAAUGGUUUUACUCUUUAAUUUGUGCGUUGAGGAAAGACAAAUAUCAUGCUAAAUUUGAAAAUGUAAGGUACUUCUAUCAAAGAUAUCAACCUUGAAUUAUUAUUUUUUUAAAAUUAAAUGUAAAAGCUUAUUAUGAUUGUGGCUAAAACAUGCAAGUAUAAGGAAUCAAAUUUUGAUUUACUAUUGCCUUAAUUGUGAUUUUAUUAUUUUUAAGAUCAUUUAAUAAUGUUAAUGAAAGGAUUUUAAAAAUAAAUAAAUGAAUUGUUAAAUUUACACUGUGCUGCAUGCCUCUAGUCAUUGUAAUUUUGCAGUUCUUGUUUUAAUUUGUUGUUUUUGAUUAUGAUAAAGUGUAACUACCUUAUUGCUUUGAUUUUCCUAUGUCAUAUUUAUGGUUCAAACGUACAAAUGCAUGCAAUAAACUCAAUAGAAGUUGUCAUCAUCCUGAUAAUGUUCAGAUUUCAGAAAAAAUAAGAUCUUUUUGGAUAAUUCUUGUCCACAGAAUGUUUUUAAAUUUUUAAUUCAAUAAAGUUGUUUAAUUUUC